CUAUGAUGAAGCUCUGGCUUUAGCUCAACUUAUCAGGGUCGCUCAAACGGUGGUUAUCGAUGAGGCUCGCGGUAGGGAGGGGGAAUGUAAAUCCACGAGGUAUCGGAAGUUGAGCAAGUGGAUCAAUUUUGAAAGCCCAGGGAGAUUCUCUGACGAACAUGGUUCGCGCGGACAUGGUAAAGUGGCUCACGGUACAGAUUACCACGGUGUUGUGUCUCAUCGCAUUGACACAAGCCUGUCACCCGGGCCGGUCCGGUAAGACCUCACAUCGGCCCCGGAACAGGACCCCGUUACAAUACAAGCAGAGAGUGCCCAACAUAUCGGAAGACACAUUUGGUGCCAGUGGGCCUCCUGAAGGGAGAAUCAACAGGAAUGAUGAACGAUUCAACACACUAUCUCCAAACAAUAACGAUGAUAUUGUAUUUAAGGAUGAAGAAGGCACGGGUGCAGAUCGCCUCAUGACACAGCGAUGCAAAGACAAACUGAACACGUUAGCCAUAAGUGUAAUGAACGAAUGGCCCGGGAUUAAACUUCGCGUGGUAGAGGCAUGGGACGAAGACCAACCGAACGUAGAACCGCUCCAUGCUGAAGGAAGAGCAGUAGACAUCACCACCAGUGACAGAGACAAGAACAAAUAUGGCGCUCUAGCUCGCCUGGCCGUAGAAGCUGGCUUCGAUUGGGUCAACUAUGAAAGUAAAGCCUGGGUUCAUUGCUCCGUCAAGUCAGAAUCUGCAGCAGCCAAGAAUUCCGGAGGUUGUUUCCCAGGAUUUUCUCAAGCAUCCCUCGAGAACGGGCGCACCAUAAGUAUGUUGGACAUCAGGGUAGGUGAUGAGGUAGCCGUGGUCAACGAUGACGGGGCAUUGGACUAUAGCGAUGUCAUCAUGAUAGUACAUAGAAAACUCAACGACAGUACAUUAUUUUACGUUAUAGAGACCGAAGACAAAUCAGUAGUACAACUCACGCCACAGCAUUUGAUAUACGUCUCAGAGACGGAGUCUAGCUUCAGCCAAAGUAAAGCCAUGUUUGCCAGCGAAGUUCGGACUAAUCAAUUUGUUUAUACAACAGGACAGAACCACGACAGGGGGGUACGGCCGAAGAGAGUGGUCAGUGUAACGACGAGGUUGGGGCGUACGGCUGUGGCGCCGGUGACCAGGCAGGGAUCCUUGGUAAUCGACGACGUAGCGGUAUCAUCGUACGCCGUCAUGCGUGACGAAUGGAUCGCGCACGCAUCAUUCGCGCCUGUCCGGUGGUACAGUUACAUCAGGCAUAAUAUGUUGGGUAUCGUAGAUACAGAUACAGGACAAGAACAACGGGUACAUUGGUACACCCAAGGACUCUACAAACUCGGCAAAUACGUCAUGAGUGAUAGAUUAUUUCUAGGCUUUGAUGUAUAG